GUCAGGCAUUGCGGUUCGUGGCCCUUCCCAGAGUCGUAUGGGGGAGUAACAGAUUAUAUGGCAGGGGGAGGUAUUCCUGUACCUCAUACCUCAAUGACUAGAUUGUCCAUAUGUAGCUUACAAGCUAAUAUCCGUGGUUUUUGUUAGUAGUGCCUCCUAGUGAUGGGGCUGACAGUACAGGUGGCAGGUUAGCGGCUGAAUGACUUCCAUAGCUGUGCGAGGAGCCGCGGUGAGUCAUGUGUGUGUCUCUUGUCUCUGCUUUCCCUGCCUGUCAUUCAGGUUAAAGAUCAACCAACAGCAAUGUCAUCCGAUGUCACCGCGAGGCACAGAGAACCUCACACUGCAGACAGACAGGUGAAGAUGAGGCGCCACAGUGACUGACGAGCGGCCACGGAGCACAAAGACUCGAAGCUGAUACAUGGCGGAGCCCCAGCAGAUGACCAUGAAUGCAUCCGAGGACUUCCACCGUAAUGAGAGCGGCUGGCAGAAUUCGGUCAUCAUUAUUCCGGCGCUGCUCUCAGGCUCCACCCUCAUCGUGGUCGCCAUUAUCUUCUGGAAGUUGAUUCGCAGUAAGAGAGACAAAAGAAAAGGAUCGAAAGACAAAAUGAAAGAUUUGGAUUGGGCAGUGAACGCCGCGGGGAUCUAUGAGAACACCCUGGAUGCUCUAGAUACCGUCCUGAAGAAGAAGCAGCUGCCCGGUGACUGGACAGUGGAGCAGACGGAGCUUGUGUGUAAUGGCCACUUUGGUCCCAUUAGUCGGGCAGUCCUGUGCUGCUCGGGGGAGACAGAGGACAGACAACAUGUCGUCCUGAAGGAGCUGUCUGAGCUUUGCAGCCCCGGAGAAGUGCAGGAUUUCAUCGACCUCAUGACGUUUUACGUGCAGGUCUGUAACCAUGCCAGUCUGGUAACCAUGUUGUGGUGUAAGACAGACAGGAGACCGCCAUGUCUCAUCAUGAAGGCCAUGUCCUACGGGAACCUGCUCACCUUCCUUAGGAACUUACACGAGAGCGUACAAGCUAUGGAAGCGGCCAUCCCGAGGAUCACUGAGAAGGACGUCUACUCAAUGGCUUCACAAGUGGCCAGCGGGUUGGAAUAUCUGUCAGGGACUCACGAUCUGGCCCAUGGCUACGUGGCAGCAUGCAAUGUUCUCAUCCACGAGGAUCUGAGUGUCCAGCUCUGCGGUCUGGGUAUGGCUGCUAUACAGUAUAGGACCGGCUCCAUUCCUGCGAGAAGAGCUGCUCAGGUGCCCCUGAAAUGGCAGUCACCAGAACGACUGAAGGGAGAAGACAUCACAGAGAAGAGCGACGUGUGGUCAUUUGGGAUCUUGCUGUAUGAGAUGGUGACACUAGGUUCUCCACCAUACCCGGAUCUGGAACCUGCUCAGCUGCCUUCAAAACUGCAGAGGAAUUACAGAAUGGAGCGACCUGCGCAGUGCGGACAUCGACUGUUUGAAGUAAUGACCAGCUGCUGGCAGUGGGAGGCGCCGCUGAGACCUUGCUUUACAGAUGUUGUGAAGCAGCUGCAGAAUGUUUCUGACCAGGCCGAUGGACAUACCGCUCUGACAGCCAUGGACACUCUCAGCUGGAGCGAGUACUUGCAUGUGGCUGGGAUUCCUUCAUGACGUCUUCAGCAAGUGACAGUGUGAGGACAAGGCCCAGAGCCUAUGUGGGGAGGGGUGGGCAUCCUGAGCUGUGAGGACAUUGGCACCAUCUACCUGUGCCCGCUGCUGCCCACCCUCUCAUGUGGAAUGUAUAUAUAGUGGGUGGUCCGGAUUAACCCCCGCUUAUAAGAAAUAUAUUUAUGAUGUAGAAUAAAGACGCUCGGAAAUGUGGAGGUUUUCAGAACGCAUCAUGGUAUAGAAAGAGACAGAGACACAAAGAAGGCGAGACGAGCGGCGCCAUGUGGUACAGAUCAAACGGUAUUUAUUGUAUCUCAAUGACUCAGAAUAUAUCACAUCUGUACAAUCUAUAUACAGCAAAAUUUCACCCCUUCACUGCAUGGCCGAGCUGGUGCCAGAUGCACGGGUUGACUAGGUAUGUGAUGGUCUCAGGGAUGGUAAAGGCAGGAGCCGAGGACUAAGAUGGCGACCACAGUAAAUGAUGCUCGUUAUUCUAAGAUGAUCCAAGCCCCAGACACUGGCAAUGACCUUAAAUGACACAAUAUCACCCACCCCGAGACCUACGAUAGUAUCACCAUACCGCCGUCCUCCAUUACAUAAUACUGCUUAUCACACCACAGUGCUGCCCGCGCUGUAACACACGCGGUUAUCGGACAGCACGGACUCUGCCACCCGGACGUCACACCUUGAAGCUCCACAGGGCUUCUGGGAAGAGAAUGUAGGAUAGAGAC